UGGGGAGCGAGUGCGGGCGGAAGCGGCCGAGAGCCCAGCGCUGCCCCAGGCCGAGCUGGCCCAGCUCCAUCCGUGCCCCUGCGGUGGGAUGCUGUGGGACUGGGGGGGAAGAGGGAGGCGGCAGUGGGUGCUGGGCCUGGGGGCAGGAGGAGAAGGGAAGGAGAAGCAGGGCUGAAGAACAAAAUGGUCCAAAUAUGUACCUGGGGCUGUGCAGAAGGAGGAAGAGGAGUGUGAGGUAGAGUAGGGACACAGGAGGAGGAGAAGGAGCAGGAAGAGGAAACAACACAAAGUUUCUCCCUUUAUCUCCAGCUCCCCCAGCCUCAGGAGUGUUGCCCCCCCCUCCCCACAUGCAGCAGGUGACUGGGGAGGGGGACCCACGAUUUUCACGGGGCUGAAUCUUGGUGUUUCUGAGCUUUAUUGGACUAAAUGUUGGUGCUUUGGGUUUUUGUGAGGGCUGAACCUUUCUAUUUUGGAGGGGAUUUUGCCUGAGUCUUGUUGUUUGAUCAGUUUUUGAUCUGUUUUGAUAUUUGGAGGAUAUUUGGGCUGAGUCUUGGUGUCCUGGAGGUUCUUAUGCCUCAAGAUCAUAAGAUGCCCAGUGACUUCCUGGGAUGAACUUGGGCAAGGAGGAACCCGCAGUCCAAGCCGCUCUCCUGUUGGUUUUUUCCCCCCAACCAGGAUUUUAUGUUCUCAAAGCGUGGCAAGAUGGAGGAGGAGGAAAAGCCCUGGAGAUGCCACACAAGGAGGGGCUGCAAACCCAGCCCAGGGAGCUGCGAGGAGGAAAGAUCCCCCCAGUGCCAGGAACACGGCCAGAGAUCCAGCCGGAGCUCAGAGCUGGGGGAGAAGCCCCACAAGUGCUUGGAAUGUGGGAAGGGUUUCAGGUACAGCUCCAGGCUGAUCCAGCACCAGGUGAUCCACACUGGGGAAAAGCCCUACGAGUGUGGGGAAUGUGGGAAGAGCUUCAGCCACAGCUCCAACCUGAGGGCACACCAGGUGAUCCACACUGGGGAACGGCCCUAUGAGUGUGGGAAAUGUGGAAAGAGCUUCACCAACACGUCUUGCCUGAUGAAACACCAGGUGAUCCACACGGGGGAACGACCCUACACCUGCUUGGAAUGUGGGAAGAGCUUUGGGUGGAGCUCCACCCUGAGAAAACACCAGCGCAUCCACACUGGGGAGAGGCCCUACGAGUGUCCCCAGUGUGGGAAGAGGUUUCAGACCAGCUCCGACGUCCUCAGACAUGAGCGGAUUCACACAGAGGAGAGGCCCUUCCGCUGCCCCGACUGCGGGAAGGGCUUCCAGCAAAACGCCACCCUCACCGUCCACCGGCGCAUCCACACUGGGGAGAGGCCCUACGAGUGUCCCCAGUGUGGGAAGAGCUUCUCAGACAGCUCAGCCUUGACCAAACACCAACGCAGGCACCAGUAAGGGAAGCCCUGCGAGUGCCCCGAGUGUGGGAAGAGCUUCGUGCGCUGCUCCAGCUCCAUCCCCCAUGGGAGGAUCGGCGUUGGAUGAUCCCCAGUGACCCCCGUUGGGCAGAGCCCUGGUGAUCCGUGGUCCUGGUGAUCCAUGUUGGGAAGGCACCUGGCUGGGAGGCUCCACAUCUUCCUGGCUCCCUGUGGGCACCUGGAUGAAAGCAGGGGAGUGAAAGUCUGUCAGGACACAGACCAACAAUGGGAAUUCCUUGAGGAGAGUGGUUUUGUUGACUUUCAAUCCUAGAGAACCUUUUCUCGCUGCCUCAGGAGCUGUGUGGGCAGAGAAAAGAGGGUGACACCAGCCUUGGGGGCCCUGAAGGAACACACAUGCUGGGGGGAGGGGAUAUCCCAACCUAGGGACCCCCUCUCACAUUCUUGCUCAGGUAUAAGCCGAGCCCCUGCACCAGAAAGACGAAACCCAACAUGGUACCCCUGAUCCCCGUCAGCACCUUGCUGUGGGCAGCGUUUGACGGCAUCUCUGGGGGGUCUGCAGAGGUCAGGAGCCUGAAAACCUCUCACAGACCCUUCCAAGUACCUCAAAGUACCCUCCCAGUCUCCCCCAGCCCACCCAGGACCCUCUGAAACCUCCUUUGGAGUCACUAAUUUUAAACAAUUAAGGAUUUUAGAAAGAUAUCUUAGCAAGAGAUAGGCCUUGCUGGAACUAGUUAGAGUUAAUGAUUAAGUGAGAAGCAGGAUUUGAGAUAUUGAGUCUUAGGACUUAGGUAAAAAAUUACUUGUCAUUGUAUGUUUGUUCAGCUGUGCUUAUAAUGAGAAAAGAGAAACUGAUAAACGGGUUCAGGAAGAUCACAGACCUUACAUCUGGAAACCCAUUUAAAAGUCACAAGGGAGGAACCUGGAGUUGUACCAAAUGUCAUUUCUAAUGUGAACCAUUGUAAACGUAGAAAGGUCAGAGUGAGGAAGAGCAGUUUCCCUUCAUCUCUUGAUGACCCCUCCUCACCAAAACGACCUCCUCCUCAAAUUAGGGAGCCAAGCACGCAGGCAUAAUGACAUUUUAAACUCAUUGCUGUGAAUUUUAACCCGAAGUGGAGCAUGGGAGGUUUUAAGCAUUAUGAAUAUCUAUUAGUAUUAAUAUGUAUUAGUAUUUUGGAAAUUCAAGACUUUUGUAAAUAAAUAGACACUGGAAUCUUUUGUCAACUUGCAGUGUGAUUAAGGGGUGACUCCCGCACUCGCCCAGUGCUGGGA